AUGUAUGCUGCUCUCCUUCUCUUGGCAGCCUGCCUGCCCUCUGGACGGAUGGUGGAGCAGAAGGCCCUGGAUGUCUACGUGAAGCAGUAUGACCCUCACUAUAGAUACACCCUGAUGAAGAAGGAGGAGAAGUGGGGUGCCACUGUCUAUACGCUCAACAUGACCUCCCUGAAGUGGCUGAAUGAGUCUGAAUUGACUAACCCAAUUUGGUGGCAUGAGCUGAUCAUUGCUGUGUCAAAGGAACAAAAACUGAAGGACUCAUGUUUGCUGAUGAUUGGGAAAGGCGGAAAUGAUGCAUCUAAUACUUCCACAGAUUUGAGUGUUGAUGAGCUCAUCAAUCUAGCAAAAUCCACUGGGUCCUGUGCAGCUCUUUUGGGGCAGAUUCCAAACCAGCCAAUCACCUACAAGACAAUCCCUUUGCAAAUGUGCAAGAACAGCUUUGAAAAUGCUGUGGUUUAUUGUACGUGGUGGAAAUUCAUGAAUGACGAGAGUGAGCAACCUCACGGGCUAAUUCAGUUUCCAAUGGUCAAGGCAGCUGUGCGAGGCAUGGACACAAUAACAGAUUUCCUGCUGAAAGAAUCUGGUGGAACAGUGAAGAUCACAAAGUUCACAUUGACUGGUAUUUCCAAGCGUGGCUGGGCCACCUGGCUGACAGCAGCUGUGGACAAGAGAGUUGUGUCAUUUAUUCCAAUUGUCUAUGAUCUUUUGAAUUUCAUUAAGAACAGACAUCAUCAAUACCGAGCAUACUGUGGCUGGGGAAGGUCAUUGAAAGUCUUCUAUCAGCUGAACCUAACUCGGCAGUUGGACUCUCCACGGUUUAAGGAAUUAACUUCAUAUGUUGAUCCAUUUCAAUAUAAUGAGCGAUAUCAAAAUAAGCCCAAGUGCCUUAUCUGUGGAACAGGAGAUGGAAUAAACCUGCCGGAUGACUCUCACUAUUUCUUUGAUCAACUAGCAGGAGAGAAAUAUAUCCGGUUCCUCCCAAACACCACACACUUUGUGGCAUCGCGCCCUGGGGAUAAAGCAUCUAUCUUGGAGACGUGUAGAGCCAUUUAUCUCAGCACCAUGCAGAAUUUGAACAUGCCUCAAAUUUCUUGGGAAAGGGUGGAGACAAAUUCCAAAGGCAUUAUCCAUCUCUGUACAGAUCAGGAACCUUCAGCAACUAAAUGUUUCUUUGCUAACACUCUGGACUCUAAAAGGCGAGACUUCAGGCGAUUUCGGGGUCAUCGUGUAUCUUGGUUUCCAUGCAAGGUUGAGAAAGUGAAAACGGGUGUCUAUAAGGCAGAAAUGACAAAGCCAGAUAUAGGAUGGAGAGCCUUUUUUAUUGAGGUGACUUUCCUGGAAUCUGAGAAAAAGAAGUACGUUUUUACCUCAGAGGUUCACAUCAUCCCAGACACUUUUCCAUGUGCAGACUGCAAGGGUGAGGAAUGCUAUGGGGAGCUGGUGUGACAUGCAUCACGGACGUUCUGGUUCCUGCUGCUGAAAUAAUCCAUGAGGGAAGACACGUGGCCCUGAGGAAACCAUGCAGAGGAACAGAUGGGCAGAGAAAUAACCAAGCCUAGAGAAUAUACAGCUCUCACUAUGACUAAAAUGUGGGGAAUGUGAUGUCAUGGGUUGGUAACAGAAAGGUGGGAAACAGGUAGCAUGAAAAUUAUCGGGCAUAGCUGGGAGGGCCCGGCUAUAUAGAAUUAUGAACAUGUAACACAGCAAAAGAAAGUGUGCCUUUGUAAUUCCUGGAUCUCUGCAUAAUAAGAAAUAAAAGUGCUAUUAUCUAUAA